AUGGGGAGCUCAUCCUCUUCUUCCUCUGACUCCUCCUCUUCCAUGGGCACAUUCUCAUUGCUCCUCAUGCUCACUCUCCUCAAUCUCUUGAUUGAUCUCUCACCCUCUUCUUCACUUGGGAGUCAUCAUUCUCCUCUUGGGUUUCACUCCAAUCUCAAACUCCCUUGCUUCACUCUCACUACUAAGGAUCAUUCCUUCUUUUGGUUCUCCUUUCUUCCCUCACCCUCUCAGACUCUUCCUCAUGUCCUCCUCUGGUUUGUGUUUGAGUAUCCUCCUUGCUCCUCUUAUUGCAUCUCCCAUUCUCUUGUGAAGCGCUACUUGCUUCCUUCACCUCUCAACAUCUUAGAUUGUACCUGA